CUUUCUCUGCCCUUACAUCUUUCCUUGCUUUGGCCGCUGUCUUUAUUGAUACCAAGCUUUGUAUGCGCCUGAACUCGUCAUGGGCGCAAAUCACACUUUUUCCUGCAAUGUGGGCUACACUCUGGUGCACAGUGGCAUACAUCAACCCACUAGGUCAUCUAUCAACCUGGAGCCUCAAUGACGGUUCAGGUGCAUACAGGUGGCUCGUUCCAUUUUUUGGCCCUGUCAGUCAAGAUUGGGUUGUGGCUGCCUGGGCCAUUGUCUGCUCCCAAGCAGUUGGGGCUUGGUUCAUUUCUGAAAGCCCAACUCUGUUACCUGUUGACGAGCAUGCAGACUCUUCAAGUGAUAUACAGUCAAUCUUGUCGUCCCACGCCCCUAGCAACCUAUUCCUCGCCCUCGUGUUCUUGUCUAUUCCUUCAUUCCUCCAGGGCAACCUUCCGCUUCCUGUUUCUACCAUUUCCACUUCCACACCUCUUACCGUUGGCUGUGUUCUCCCUCCAUUUCAGCGAUACCAGCACCACAGUUUGACUCUUGAUGAUUACAUAUCGGAGAGUAAGAAGCUGCAAUCCUCUGCCAAAUUCCUUCUAUGGCCUGAGGGAGCUAUUUCAUUCAACUCCGAGGCGGAAAGGGAUGCCGGGUUCGAAAAAGUCCGAAAGAGCAUCACCUCAUACGUUGGGGUUUCCUUCGAGGAGACAUUUGCAGACCCUCGAGAUCCGAAUAGAUCUACAGGUUUGAAGCGUGCAGGAAUCGCCGUAAUGUCAAACUCAUCCGCGUCACCAUACCUUUACUACUAUAAAAGACAUCUCGUACCAAUUGCUGAAUCUUUCUCUUUAACCCACUCCCAAUUACCGCCAGGCGUGUUUGACGCCGUUCUUUCUCGCCCAAAGGAUGUCAGCCCAUCAAAGUGGGCGCCAGGGCCUAAUCACACCCGUUCGGUUCCUCUAACAACUUCAAUUUGCCUCGAUUUUGCAGCAGCCUCUCCGUUCUCCGAUCUUAAAUCUAGGCCUGCACUCGUGCUUGCGCCGGCACGAACUUGGGAUCUUUCAGUCGGGUACACCAUGUGGUUGCAAGCUAAACAACGCGCAGAAGAGCUAGGAACGAUCGUUCUGUGGUGCGACGGGGGUAAGGGAGGGGUCAGUGGUGUUGCAGGCGGUGGUUACAGCGAAAUCGCACAAGUAGGCACCGGUUCUUGGACCAAAACAGUGGGGAUUCCCUAUCCUUUCAACGAUCGUCGCACACCUUACGCGCAGUUCGGCAAUAUCGCUUUGUUGCUGUUCUGGGCUUUCGUCUUUGGCAAAACUUUGCUUGGUCCAUUUUCGUAUUUUACUGCACUAAAGAGCCCCGUUUGCUGGAUUUGGACGCAGGUGGAUAGACUCAGGGCUUCGUCGAGCAAAGGGGUUAGCCAACGCGGAGAAGCU